GAAGCGGAAGCAAUCGCCGUUCCGAGUGUGGCUCCCCUCCCUCCUCUGCCAGCGCGCUUUCUCGCUUCUCUUGUCUCUCAGGAGAGGCUGUUCUGGAGCUGCGCCACCUCCCCUUCCAGAGGGGGGCGCUGUCCUUGGCUGGUGCGGCGAACUCGCUUCCCUCCUCCUCUUUUUCUCCCCACGCCGGCCCAUGAGGCCACUGUGGUGGUCGGGGCCGUCACCGGCUCCAAGGCCUGGACUGAGGUUUUGGGGAAAGCGGCGGCUGCUGCUUCUGCUGCUACGGCUGCCUUAGAUCAAUGCCUGGAUGCUGGAAGGCGAAGGUUAAGCGGGGAGGCCAGAUGAGGAGGAGGCGAAGGAGGCCGCCGCCGGGUCUCUCUCAGCCCCGGCCUUGCCAGGUAGAUGCAUCACAGUGUAAAAGUGAAAAAGUGCAGUGGAACACGUACACUGAGUAGAAGAUCUUUUAUUAAUGGUGACCGAUGCUUCCUGCUCAUCACAGUGGCAAUCAAGACACAAUCAACAAAUAAGGAACAAUUUGAUCCUUGUAAUUUUCCAGCACAGAUUAGUAUCAAUGACAUUAGGAUGAAUGAAAUGAGCCUGAGCCCUGUAGGGAUGGAGCAGUUGGCGGCUUCCUCUGUGAGCAGUGCCCUGACUGUCUCAGGAGGCCACUUAGGUCUGGCUUCCUCACCAACACACAAUGCCAUACCAGCACCAGGAUUACCCAUUGCAAUUCCAAAUUUGGGUCCCUCCUUACCUUCUGCUCUGUCACUGAUGCUUCCAAUGGGCAUUGGGGAUCGAGGAGUGAUGUGUGGAAUACCAGAGAGAAAUUAUACCCUACCUCCACCGCCAUACCCUCACUUGGAGAGCAGCUACUUCAGACACAUUCUACCUGGUCUUUUAUCUUAUUUAGCUGACAGACCUCCACCUCAGUACAUCCACCCCAACAAUAUCAGUGUUGAUAGUAAUCCAGCUUUAUCUGUCUCCAACAAUCCUUCAGGCCUAGAUCCCUAUCAGCCCAAUGGAACGGUGGGUCUUGAACCAGGCAUUGUCUCCAUGGAUUCUCGCUCAGUGAAUACACACAGCACCCAAAGCUUGCAUCCCAGUGACAGCCAUGAGGUAGCGCUGGAUACAACAAUCGCCAUGGAAAGUGUUUCAAGGGUUACCAGUCCAAUCUCUCCUGACAGGAUGGCUGAGGAGCUUACAAUGGGUGAUGUAGCUGGGGAUCAUUCACAGAUUCCAAAUGGUAACCGUAGUCAUGAGUCUUUAGCUGUGGAUUCUGUGGGUAGCAGCUUAGCCACAGACCCUGUAGGGCAUAAUGGCGUCCUCCCUAUUCAUGGUAGCAGUUUGGAGCUUCCUGUUGUUAUGGAGCCUGACCAUAUUGCAGGCCGUGUCCGUGGGCUAUCUGACCAAACGCUUGGGGACUCCAUUCAUACGGUGGCAAUGAGCAGCAAUUCUGUGAGUGUUGCACUUUCUACCUCACACAACCUCACGUCUCUGGAAUCUGUCUCCUUACAUGAAGUGGGUCUCAGUUUGGAGCCUGUGACAGUGUCCUCCAUAAGCCAGGAAGUAGCCAUGGGACAAAAUCAUGUGGACGUCUCCCCGGACAAUCUUGGCUUUGUGCCAUCAUCACUGCAGAUGGAAGACUCCAAUUCAAAUAAGGAGAACAUGGCUACCUUGUUUACCAUAUGGUGCACACUCUGUGACAAGGCCUACCCGUCUGAUUGUCCGGAUCACGGGCCUGUGACCUUUGUUUUGGACACCCCCAUAGAGAGCCGAGCCAGGCUUUCUCUCCCCAAACAGCUUGUUAUCCGUCAGUCUAUCAUGGGAACUGAAGUUGGUGGGCAGUAUUGUCAGUUAUCAACCUGUCUUGGAUCUUCCUCCUUGGGUGUGUGGGCUAGAGAAACCAUUCCUGUACGCACUUGUUUUGGACCACUCAUUGGGCAGCAGAGUCACUCCAUGGAAGUAGCUGAUUGGACAGACAAAGCAGCCAAUCACAUUUGGAAGAUGUAUCACAACAAUGUCCUAGAGUUCUAUAUCAUCACAACUGAUGAAAAUGAAUGUAACUGGAUGAUGUUUGUGCAGAAAGCCAGGAACCGGGAAGAACAAAAUCUGGUAGCUUAUCCUCAUGAUGGAAAGAUUUACUUCUGUACCUCUUGUGAUAUCCCUCCAGACCAUGAGCUCCUAUUUUACUAUAGUCGAGAUUAUGCUAGACAGAUCGGUGUUCCUGAACAUCCUGAUGCGCAUACUUGUCACUGUGGAAAAGAAUGUGCUUCUUACACAGAAUUCAAGGCCCAUUUGAGUAGCCACAUCCACAGCCACUUCCCCAGUCAGGGACACAGCAGCACUCAUGGACCAGGCCACAGUAAGGAAAGAAAGUGGAAAUGCUCCAUGUGUCCUCAAGCAUUUAUCUCGCCUUCUAAGCUUCAUGUACAUUUCAUGGGGCACAUGGGCAUGAAGCCACACAAGUGUGAUUUCUGUAGCAAAGCCUUUAGUGAUCCCAGCAAUCUUCGUACACACCUCAAAAUACACACAGGUCAGAAGAAUUAUCACUGUGCUCUCUGUGGCAAGUCAUUUACUCAGAAGGCCCACUUGGAAUCUCACAUGGUUAUCCAUACAGGGGAGAAAAACCUGAAGUGUGAUUACUGUGACAAACUGUACAUGAGACGGCAAGAUCUUAAACAGCAUGUACUCACACAUACCCAAGAACGUCAGAUUAAAUGUCCUCAAUGUGGAAAACUGUUCUUGAGAACAAAUCACCUAAAGAAACACUUAAACUCUCACGAAGGAAAGCGGGACUAUGUCUGUGAAAAAUGCUCUAAGGCUUAUUUAACAAAAUAUCAUCUCACUCGUCACCUAAAAAUCUGUAAAGGACCAACCUCCAAUCUCUCAGCCCAGGAAGACGAUGAUGAGGAUGAGUCUUCAGAAGAAGAAUUGAUAAACUCUGUGAGCAAUGAAACCUGUAGGCUUAAUACCACCAUGUAUCUGACAAAUGAUACACUCCCUUGCCACAAAUAAGAAAUUGAGGGCUUAAAAUAUAAGUUGACUCAGCUUCCUGACAUCAUUUAUCAGACUAGUGUUUCUAGAGUGAGUGAGGUUACCAAGGAGCGUAAAAACAAAUUGAACACCUAGCCACUUCAACUGUGGAACUGCGCUAUUAUUGGUGAUUUGAUUGAUGUGUAAUGCAUGACUUUAAAGAAAGAAACUGGCAAAUAUAACUUUGCAUUCUAACAAGUCAGCUGCUUGGAAGAACAGAUACCCUCAUGUACAGUUAAUGAAUUUGAUUCGUAUAUUUUAAAUGCCAUCACAGCAGAACAAUGCGCUGAGCUUUCCCCCCCGUGAGGUAUAGGUUUUGGGCUCAAUAUGAACUUCUCAGCGUUCAGUGCACACCAAUGAAUGGUCCAUAUGUGUUAAGACAACUAGUAUUUGCAUAUGACUAGAAUGCAAACAUACAGUAUGGGAUCUAUACAGAAAAGCAUGCUUAUUUUUGAAAUGCAGAUUUGGUUUUAAGCAUGAGUCAGAGUUGCCAUAUAGAGUGGUUAUAUCAUAUGGUAUUAUCUAGAUGGUUACUAAUAACCACUUCUUUUGGAGAGUUCUGCUGCUAAUAUAUUUAUGGAAAUGAAGAUAUCAUUUAAAAUCUGUUACCUUACAGAAAAAAUUAAAAUACUGCUUUUUAAUGUGUGCAUUAAUUACAGCUCUAGCCUGCAAGCCUUUUUUAGCCAAGGAGGAAUCUGUUUUCCUUUGUAACACUUUUGUCCAGUUACUAUUUUCAGAAAUAUAUACUAUAUACAGAUUUAAAUAAGACAAUACUGCUGGCUUUCCUAGUUUAAGUAAUAUCAGCUGGUGCUGGCUAGCCUAGCUUAUGCCAAAUCUAAUUUUAUUCAACACUGACCCAAUUGGCUUGUAUAUGUAGGUACCAGUUGAUGCUACGUAUCCAAUCCUAAUUAAGACUUAAAGUCCACAUGAAAUUUAAUAUAGCAUGUCAUAGAAAUCUGUGACACACACAUCCUUCAAUCUACUUAUUGUCAUAAUGUUUCCAGAAUGACUUAAAAAUCCUUGCUAGACUGCAAGUGAUAGACACUUAGCGAGCCAUAGGCUUUACAAUGCACUUUCAGAACACAGAUACGAAUUUAAAGGCCCUUAAUUCCUAAAAAUAAUAAAGUUAUUGCAUGAAGAUUAAGUGUUGAUGCCAGUGUUUAGUGUUACUCCCCUUUCUACUCAUUGAAGAGAAAAGCUUAUAUAACAAACCUCUGCAUUAACAGACAAGCUGCACAUUUGAUAAAUGUCAAACGCAUUUGUCCAACGCGAUAAAUAAAUAU